AUGGCCCCGUUUAGACAGGACAGUAUUUUGAUAAUAUAUCCCAGAUCUCAAACUACCCUCGUUCAAUUUGGUCUGAAUGAAGAGACAUUUACCGUGCCUGAGUUGGAGAUACCAACACAGAUUUAUCGUAGCACGAAACAGGAUGGAUCCUAUGCAUACCAUUCAACUAAUAAGGAUAACACAGCUGAGUUAAUCAAUCCUAUCCAAAGCGGCUCCAUCGUAGACAUAGAGGCAUUCACACAAUUUUUAAGACUGAUAUAUGUGUCCAUUUUGUCUAAUAGAGUCAAUAAGAAUCAGGAUGCGUUCGAGGCUGAGCUAUCCAAUAUUCCACUUUUACUAAUCACUCACCAUUUUUGGUCACAAUCUGAUCUAGAGAGAAUCACCCAAUAUAUUUUUGAAAGUCUUGAGAUAAAUAAUCUAAUUCAAUUACCUGCAUCUCUGGCGGCUACUUAUUCUAUGAUUUCAUUACAGAAUUGUUGUAUCAUCGAUGUCGGAACCUAUCAUACCGAUGUCAUUCCUAUUGUUGAUUAUGCACAACUAGACCACCUUGUGUCUUCAAUACCAAUGGGUGGACAAUCUAUUAAUGAAUCUUUGAAGAAAUUAUUACCUCAAUGGGAUGACCACCAGAUAGAAUCCUUGAAAAAAUCCUCAAUUUUUGAGGUAUUGAGUGACGACGCCAAAAAAUUAUCAAAUUUUGAUUUUGCAAACGAAAAUGAGGAAGAUGAUGAAGGAACCCUAAAUGUUGCCGAGAUUAUUACUAGUGGUCGUGAUACACGCGAAGUGCUAGAGGAAAGAGAACGUGGCCAAAAAGCCAAAAACGUUAAGAAUAGCGACUUGGAAUUCAAUACUUUUUGGGAUGAAAAUGGCAACGAAAUAAAAGUCGGCAAGCAAAGAUUUCAAGGAUGUAAUAACUUGAUCAAAAAUAUAUCUAACCGUGUGGGGUUGACAUUAGAUAAUAUAGACGACAUUAACAAAGCUAGAGCUGUUUGGGAAAAUAUCAUUAUUGUCGGUGGUACUACGUCUAUUACAGGGUUUAAGGAAGCUCUAUUUGGCCAACUACUGAAAGAUCAUUUAAUCAUAGAACCAGAGGGAGAAAAAUUGGAUAGAGAAGAAAAAGCUAAAUCUGUAUUACCUGCUGCGACAAAAAAGAAAGGUAAAUUUAUGACAAAUACCACUGCGUUCGUUCCAAGUAUAGAAUAUGUGCAGUGUCCUACGGUAAUCAAACUAGCCAAAUAUCCGGACUAUUUCCCUGAGUGGAAGAAAAGUGGAUAUUCUGACAUUAUAUUCUUAGGGGCUCAAAUUGUUUCCAAACAAAUUUUUACUCAUCCAAAGGACACAUUUUAUAUUACAAGAGAAAAGUAUAACAUGAGGGGACCAGCUGCUCUUUGGGACGUACAAUUUUGA